AUGUGCUCUUAUUUGAAUCAGGGAACUCCCGCCUCCGUGGUAAAAGCUUCGUACUGGUUUCCAGAUGGAGAGACCAAGGAUCCCGCAACCUCGGCCCAAACCAUUCCGUCAAAUCUCUUCACUCACCUUUUCUGCGCCUUCGCCGAUCUCGACGCUACCACCCAUGAAGUUUUUGUCUCCCAAGCGCAUGAACUCAUAUUUUCCACCUUCACUGAAACCGUCAAGAAUCGAAAUAAAUACGUUCAGACCCUUUUGUCCAUCGGCGGAAGAAGUGCAAACAAUUCUGCGUUUGCGUCCAUGGCAAGUAAACAAGAGUCUCGUAAAUCGUUUAUUGAUUCUUGGAUUGCCAUCGCUAGAUCAAACGGAUUCCAUGGUCUCGAUUUAGCCUGGGAGUACCCGAACAAUGAUGCUGAGAUGAACGCAUUCGGGGACCUAAUUAAAGAUUUGCGAACAGCGGUUGACGCCGAUAGCAUACGCACUAACAAAACAGCUUUGCUGUUAACAGCUGUGGUUUACUACUCCUCUGUUUACAAGAUUUUUACCUACCCGGUUAAGAAAAUGAAAGAAAACUUGGAUUGGGUUAAUAUCAUAGCCUAUGAUUUUUACGAUCCGGUCUCGUAUUCCCAAUUUACCGCUCCAACCGCCGGCCUGCACGUUUCUCCUAACAACAUAGGUCCAACUCCAAGUGGCGACUCUGGUUUGAAACAGUGGAUUAAGGACGGACUUCCCGUGAGUAAAGCAGUAUUGGGAUUCACAUACGUUGGAUGGGCUUGGACUCUCCAAAACAACAACGAUACAGGUUAUAAUGCAUCUGCGGCCGGAGUAGCCAAAUAUAAGGACGUAUCUGAGGACGGUUCUAUAACCUAUGCUCAGAUAAUUAAGUUCAUAGGGGAUGAGGAUGCAACAUACGUUUAUGACUCCAACGUUGUCGGAAAUUAUUGUUCCGCCGAGAUGACUUGGAUUGGGUACGACGAUACUCAUAGUGUGGUUAAGAAAGUGGGAUACGCUAAACAGAACGGUCUGCUUGGUUACUUUGCCUGGAACGUUGGAGCUGACUAUAACACUAUUCUAUCUACGGCAGGUUCGUCUCUUUUUUCUUAUCAUCCAUCCAAAGCAUGGGGUAUCAUCGGAGGAGAUUCCACAUCGGAAAUUAAAGUGAAUGAAGAAAUGGAGCAAUAA